GCGACGGAAAAUGCGUUCUAUUGGGCCACACUGAACCAUGAAGCCGUAGCUGAGAGAGUGAGGAUAUAAAUGGUGACUGACCACGUAGCUAUCCGACUAGAAUAUCGAUUACACUACAGACAAGUGAACCGGGUUUCAUUUCAUAUCUUCAACUACAGUGAGUACCCCAGGCUCAUUUUGAGGAACCCACAUAAACCCUAAUAAACACAGACAGACAGAUACCCCCAAGAUUGACUCUCAAUAAUCUCCAUUCUUCAACAUGCACUUUACUCGAACCGCCAGCGUCCUUCUCACGGUAGUCGGACUUGCGCUCAGCUCGCCCGUGGAUUCAACGAGUGUUUCCCUUGACAAGCGUGCCGACUGCGACACCCACACAUGUAUCACCUACUAUUCCGAUAGCGGCUGCACGCGUGGCUUGGAGCGCGGAUCAUACAAGCCCGAUUGCAGCGGCAAUUGUUUCCGAUUCGACAGCUUCUCCAGUAUUCAAGUCGCCGCCAAUGUCUUGACCGGGGCGGACUGCGUGGCGUACUCCGACAGCAAUUGCCAAAAUGCUAUCUCUGAUUCUGGAAACCAGCAUGGUCACUACUGCAUGGAGAAUUUGAAUGGUGCCAAGAGCAUGAAAUGUUACUAUGGAUGUUAAAGCAGAUGAUGGUUCAUCUUUGUAUCAUCGCUUACAUGGUUAUAUUGUAGCAUAUCCUUAAACCUGGCCAAUAUGGUUUAACAAGCGUGGCAUUCCACGCGGGGAUAUAAAAACAAUAAAGAUCUGAGCAAUAGAUCUCUUUGAUAUUCUCCGUAACUGGCUUUUCA